AUGAUCGCCUCCGGAAAACGGCUAGCGGCGUGCGCUGCGCCGCUAUUUUUCGCGGCGAUCAGCCAAUCAAACGCGAGCACGAGCACGCCGCUGACGGUGAUUGCGAGCGGGAUGGCGAAAUGGCUGGAGCUGUACAGUGGGUUGCUGCUGGUGCGUGUGCUGCUGUCGUGGUUCCCAAACAUCGACUGGGAGAGGCAGCCUAUGCAAGCCAUCCGCGAUAUGAGCGACCCCUAUUUGAACCUCUUCCGCAACAUUCUUCCUCCUUUCUUUGGAGCGCUGGAUCUCAGUCCCAUGCUCGCCUUCCUGGUGCUCGGCAUGCUCACAUCUCUCCUCAACACAGCAGUUUUCUCAUAG